UUUAGUCGGCAUCUAGUAAUUUCCUGUAGCAACAUGUUGUAUCCGUGAAGGAGCAAAUACAUGACUUAUGCCAUUGAUUUUAGUCAUAUCAUGGCGCCUACUAGAGUAGUUCAGGCUCAGCAGUGGUUCCUAGGAGUCCUCGGUAUCACUCUUGUCUUAGUACUGGUUUAUAGUACUCAAUACGAUGGAGCAUUUAAACUCGAACCUAAACCUCCACCCAUUAUGCCUGAUCCUGACCCCAGAAAAAAAGUGACAGUUACAUUCUGGGGGAGAAAUGGUAACCAUAUGUUUGAGUAUGGCACACUUAUAGGAGCCGCUAAGAGAAACAAUAUGACGCCCAUUCUUGUUGAGUCCACAACAAUCUGGAAUAUGUUUAAAUUACCAAUACCAAAAGGCAGUGUAGAAAAUUUAGAUAAUUUCAAGCGAUACAGAGAACAACUUCCUUCUGGUUGGUGUAAUAUGACAGAGAAAUUAGACACAUCUCAGGGAGCUUAUUUAAUGGGGUAUCUACAAUCCUGGAGGUAUUUUGAAAAUGUUCGUAAAGAACUGCUAAAAAAACAUUUUGUAUUUCAUGAUCAUCUGAAAAAGGCUGCCAUGGAUUAUAUCAACAAUGUUAGAAAGGAGCGUAAGAAGCAGGACGCUGUGUUAGUUGCAGUGCAUGUGAGACGAGGGGAUUUUGUCAGACAGAAAAGAAAGGGAUACACAGUGGCCCCAAUUCCUUAUUUUUAUAGAGCUAUGAAUUAUUUCAGGAAAAAAUAUAAGAAUGUAUUAUUUAUUUUAUGUAGCAAUGAUGUGAUAUGGUCGAUGGAUAAUUUAGAUGAUUCGCCAGACGUCCAUUACUCACACAACACUGAUGGAUAUUUAGACUUUGCCAUCAUGGCUUCUUGUGAUCACAUGGUGAUGAGUGCUGGGUCAUACUCCUGGUGGGCGGGGUACAUGACGGGGGGAGAGGUCAUCUAUUACCAUGGAUACCCACAGCCAAACACCGUCAUGGGGAACAACACAAUAAGAAAGGACUAUUAUCCUCCAUGGUGGAUCCCUCUCUGAGCUUUAAUUUCUGUGCUUUGUUUUAUUCCUGUUUAAUCAUUUUUGUUUUAUUGCUCCUUCAUUUUUUAAUCCUUUAUUGACUCCACUUUGUUGGCAGAUAGUUAUGAGUUGACAAACUACAGUAAAUGUUAUGCUAUGUAAAACAUGUUUACUAGAUAUUAUGAAGUGUGUGUAGCUGAUAUGAUGAACAAACUGCUUUUUCUUGUCAUAUUUACCUAUUUAUUUAAUUGUCUUUUGAUGUCUGGUCAAAGACUAGAAGAACUUAUGCGAGAUAAGGUGUCCCCCCUUGUCCAUCUGCCUGUUUGCCUAUCUGUAAGUCUGUCUGAUUUCAAUAAAAUUUGCUACACAAGUAAAAUACAAUUAGAUACAUAAGUCUUUAUAUUGAUUUUUGAUGUUGAUGAACAGUGUUGCCAUGGUUACUUAAAAUAGAAAUUUCUGUGGAUUUUUUCAAAACACUGCUGCUCCUAGUUUUGGUCCAGUUUCAAUACAAUUAGUACACAUGUAGAUUUACUCCACUAUGUACUGGUUUUGAUGAACGGUGUUGCCAUGGUUACAAAAUAUAUGUAGUCAUUUCUGUGAAUUUUUUUUUCAAAAUGCUUCUCCUCCUACAGUUUUGGUCUGAUUUAAGUAAAAUGUACUACGCAAGUCGAUUAUUCCAAGGUACAUAAUUCUGUUAAUUAAUUAGUUUUUGAUGUCAAUGGAUUGUGUUGCCAUGGUAACUAAAAGUAGAAUUUUCUGUGAAAUUCUUUCAAAACACUACUCUUCCUAAACAGUUUUUGUCUGAUUUCAAUAAAACUUACUUCAUAAGAAAACUAUCCCAAGAUCCAUAAUUCUGAUAUAAAAUUGGUUUUUGAUUUCUAUAAAUGACAUUGUUAUGGUUACUUUAAAAUAGAAAUUUCAAUGAAAUCCUUUCAAUUUACUUACUUUUCCUACAGUUUUAGUCCAUAAAAUGUAUAACACAUAGAGAAUUAAUCAAGGAUCAUGAUUCAUUUUAUUGAUGUUGCCAUAGUUUCAGGUCCAAGUGCUACUUUUUUCUUCCAAUGUUUAGAAUAAUUUUUGUUACAUGAGGUUACCUAUAUGAUAGUGUUUACAGAUACAGGUUUUUCAGUUACAUUUCAUGGAUUGUGGAUAUUUUUAAUUUUUAUGUAGAAUACAAGAUUUUUUUUAUUCUUAGAUUCCAACACAGUACAUUGAAUUUCAUUUUUUAUAACUUUACAUGUUAUAAAUUUUCUAUUCCAAACUGUCAUUCAUCUUUGUAUAAAUAUCUCAAUCUUUAUCAUUUUUCAAAUCAAACUUACACAUACUAUGUAAUGAAUCCAGAUUGAAUGUUAUGAUAUUCCUGAAUGAUUAACUACACCUCUCAAAACAAAGUUUUGGAAAGGUUAUAUAGGAAAUGUUAGUCUGUAUGUCUGCUUGUCCAUCCCAAUUUAAUGUGCUAUAAAUUGAACUGUGAUAAUUUUCAGUGUCAUUGGAAUUGAGCACCAUUUGCUAAGACUUUAGAAUAGUUUAAUGAAUGAGAUUACAGAAACCAAAAGAACAGUGAGUAAUGAAAUAAUUCUUUUCCGUCUCCAAUAUAUUAGAUGCUAGAACUCUGAGCUGUAGUUUUCUACAACUGCAAGGCAAUUAAAUUUAAAUAUUGAUGUCAUUAGUUUUAAUAACAGCAAAAAAAAUUGUUGAUGUUUAUAUUUAGAUAUAAAAUCAAAAAGCAGGUGGAUUGAACAGUACAAACUUGAAUAAAUCAAACUUACCAAAGUA